CAAUUCUCCCAACUUCAUUCUACCAAUGCGUUCACAUUCGAGUUUCAACUAUCAUUAAUGGACUCCUGAGAAUCUUCUUCGAACAGGGGUUUGAGGAUACAUAAUGAUUCAGCAUCUUUCAACUAAACUAAAUUUUUUAUAGCAAAAGUCCCGGCUCAAAUAUGGGACAAAAAAGCGUCAUAAGCCUUAAAAAUGUGUACUUUUGUUACUUUUGUCUGUGUUGUUGCUGUUCUGCUGACACAAUUUCAUCAGGGCGGGUUUUGGAAGAUGAAGAUGGCGAUGAGAUCAUGUCAUCUGGCAAAUCUGGUGACAGGAUUUCAUCAGGGCAGGUUAUGAAAGAUGGGAGUUUGAUCAUUUCCCCAGGAAAAAUUUUUGCUUUGGGGUUCUUCAGCCCUGAAAAUUCAUCAGAUUUAAGAUACGUUGGUAUAUGGUACACUGGCAUUCCACAACAGACUGUUGUAUGGGUUGCCAAUAGAGAGAACCCGAUUCGGGGUCGUGCAGGAACUUUAUCCAUUUCAAAACAAGGGAAUUUGGUGGUCAGGAAUCGAAAUGGAGAUCCACUCUGGUCGACCAAUGCUUCAUCUGUGGCAAGGAAUUCUUCUGCCAUCCUGACGGAUUCUGGUAAUCUUUACUUAAUUAGUACUCAUCAUAGAGGUAAAACUAAUAGACCCUUGUGGCAGAGCUUCGAUUUUCCCACCGAUACCUUUUUGCCUGGAAUGAAAGUUUCUUUUAAUGCCACAUCCCAGUUGAACCCUGUAAUCAUUCCCUGGCGAACUGAAUCUGAUCCUUCACUUGGGAACUAUUCCAUGGGCGUUGAUCCGCGAGGAUCGCCACAAAUCGUGGUUUGGGAAGGACAGUCUCGGCAUUGGAGAAGUGGACAUUGGAAUGGACUGAUUUUUAUGGGGGUUCCCUGGAUAAGGGUUAUUUACUUGUAUGGUUUUAAGCUAGUUAAUGAUGGAAAUGGUAGGUUACACUUUACUUAUACACUGUCUAGUAGUUCUCAGUUGACGUAUUUUAGAAUAUUUCCCAACGGAACUGUGGAGCAGAAGAAUUGGAGUUCUGAUUUGCAGCAGUGGGAAGUGAUACAGUUACAGCCGUCAAGCCAAUGCGAUAUCUACAACAAAUGUGGACCAUUUGGAGUUUGUGACGCGAGGAAUUCGCCAGUAUGCAAUUGCUUGGAAGGGUAUGUGCCUAAGGAUGUUGAUCAGUGGAAUAAUGGUAAUUGGUCAAGUGGAUGUGUUAGGAGGACGAAAUUGCAAUGCGAAGUCGAGGGAAGUUACCAAAGAGAUGGUUUUUUGAAGGUUGAGACUCUGAAGUUGCCAGAUUUCUUGGAUCAUGUGGGCACUGAAAAUGUUAAGGAAUGUGGAAGGAAGUGUUUGAAUAACUGUUCUUGCGUUGCGUACUCAUUUGUUAGUGGUAUCAACUGCAUGAUUUGGAGCAAUGACUUGGUUGACAUUCAGCGUUUUGAGGAGGGUGGAAGCCCUCUUUUCGUUCGUCUUGCUCAAUCUGAAAUAGGAGGUAGCACCAGAAAGACACCUCAACUAGUGAUAAUAAUAGCUACUGUUGUUGCCGGAUUGCUCUUGGCCGGUGUGUUCAUAUGGCUUCUAUGGAGGCAGAAAGACAAACUGCGAGGAAUUUCUGAGUCACCAAACAGAAAAGGCAGAGUUCCUGAUUCUGAUCCGAUCAAGAGCGGGGAACUUUCAGCAGAUUUUUCAGGUCCUGAUGAUCUAAACGUUGAAGGUCAGCAAGGCAGUGGAACAGAAUUAGCAUUAUUCAGCUUCAGCAGUGUGGUAGCAGCUACAAACAAUUUCUCGGAUCGAAACAAGCUCGGACAAGGAGGAUUUGGCCUUGUUUACAAAGGUGAGCUGCCAGGUGGUCAAAAUAUUGCUGUGAAAAGGCUUUCAGGAAAGUCAGGACAAGGGCUGGAGGAGUUUAAGACUGAGAUUACGCUGAUUGCUAAGUUGCAACACAGGAAUCUUGUUAGGCUUUUGGGUUGCUGCAUCGAUGGAGACGAAAAACUUCUACUCUAUGAGUACAUGCCUAAUAAAAGCCUCGACUCGUUUCUAUUUGAUCCUGUUAAGCAAAAACAACUAGGUUGGAGAACUCGGUUCAGGAUAAUCGAAGGAAUUGCGAGAGGUCUUUUGUAUCUUCAUCGAGAUUCAAGGCUCAGGAUCAUUCACAGAGACUUAAAGGCCAGCAACAUUUUACUGGAUGAAGAAAUGAACCCAAAAAUUUCAGAUUUUGGAAUGGCAAGAAUCUUUGGAGGAAAUCAGAAUGAAGCCAGUACAAACAGGGUUGUGGGAACAUAUGGCUACAUGGCUCCUGAGUAUGCAAUGGAGGGAUUAUUUUCAGUAAAGACUGAUGUCUACAGCUUUGGCAUAUUGCUGUUGGAGAUUGUAACUGGAAGAAGAAACAUCGGCUUCCGCUCGACAGACAACUCCAGUGUCAUUGGUUAUGUAAGAAGCCUCUCACUCAUCUUUCAAGAGUAGUAUUUAAUUAUAAGCUGCUGUUAUAUUUCUCAGAGAGACUUAAUUUUGCUUGUGAAAAAUGUGGCAGGCAUGGGAUCUGUGGGACAAAGGUAGAGCAACGGAGCUAGUUGAUCCAUCGAUAUUCGACAUAAAUUUCCAACAUGAAGUGCUGAGAUGCAUCCACAUAGGGAUGUUGUGCGUGCAAGAUUCGGCUUCAAAUCGACCAACCAUGGCAGCAGUGGUGUUGAUGCUGGAAAGCGAAAACGCGAAUUUGCCGAUGCCUAAACAGCCUAUGUUUACCACCUCAAUGAGGAGAAGAGAUGUAAACAAGGAGGACAUGUGGAAUGAGAUUCAGGAGGCUGCAGCUGCAAACUCAAACAAUGUUACCCUAAGCGUCAUUGUUGGCAGAUGAUCAGUAAAGAGACACAAUUCUUCAUUUUGUUUCUCUUGAUUUUUUUUUUAUUUUUUUUUUUAAGUUUUUCUUAUUUGUAGUUGUUUUUGUUACAGAACCCUGAAGCAAAAAAACACUUUGAGAAGCACAAUUUUGCUUGUAAAUAUAUAUACAUAGAUAAUUGAAUCCAAGCGGGCUGGUUUUCAGUUUCGGAAUUUGUACUCAAAUUGUUGUUUUGUUUUUGUUUUUUUUUUUUUAAGGACUCAAAUUGGUGUUAGAUUCCAGAUUGUAAUAUUUAGGCAUCCUAAUAUUUCUUUUUCUUUAUUUAAACAAGAAGGACUAAAUUGAAUGAG